AUGACUUUAGGGACGGAUAUGUCCGACAGCUCUGCAUUGUCCGAUGAUGUGGAUAUUGACGUGGUCGGGGGGGACAUGUCCGUCGGAAAAGACGGAAAAUACAUGCACCACGAUUUCAAUCUGGACUCCGAUGAUAACUACUCCCAGAACGCCGAGGAAGGGGCGUCCUCCCCAGGACUCAGCAGCUCAGACUGCCCGACGGAGCCAAUGGGGCUCGGCGCGGAGCCCGGCGCUGUCAUGGUGGGCGACAAAGCGAGAAAAAGCGCCCUGGUAAAGCCCCCUUACUCCUACAUCGCCCUCAUUACCAUGGCCAUUCUGCAGAGCCCGAAAAAGCGGCUCACCCUCAGCGAGAUCUGCGAGUUCAUCAGCAACAGGUUCCCCUACUACCGUGAGAAGUUCCCCGCCUGGCAGAACUCCAUCCGGCAUAACCUCUCGCUAAACGACUGCUUCGUGAAAAUCCCACGGGAGCCCGGCAACCCCGGUAAGGGCAACUACUGGACUUUGGACCCGGAUUCGGCAGACAUGUUCGACAACGGGAGCUUCUUGCGCCGGAGGAAGCGCUUCAAGAGGAACCAGGGUAACGACAUACUGCGGGACGCCGGAGGCUUUCUCCCCGGGUUCGGAUACAACCCGUACGGAUACAGCUACGGACUUCAGGUGCAGAACUUUCACGCCGCGCACAACCCGUAUCACCCACACCACCAUGCCCACGCGGGGGGAUCCUUUCCGUUUGCAAACGUGCCGUGCACCUUGCCCUCGCCGAUCUUCCCUGCGGCGCCUCCUCCCUUGCCAGUGGGGGCCGACUUGAGGAAGCCCUUCUACCCGGCCCUGGCGCCUCUCAAGACGGACUCGAGCGCCCCGAGUCGGCCCUCGUUCUCCAUCGACAACAUCAUCGGCGCGGCCAACUCUACCGCGUCGUCGUACAGCGCGCAGCCGGGCGGACAGGCGCAUAUCCUGGCCAUGCUCAGCCCGGCUUUGGCCUCCGCUUCCAACAACUUGAGCCUGUCGCAAGACUUAUUACAGCCCGGGCCUCACGGGCAGACCUUUCCAAGCAAAAACCUGAACACUUGCCCUUUCUAA